AUGGCCUCCUCCCCAGCCGCAGCGUGCAGCCUGCCGACGCGCACCGCGCCUUCCCUCGACGCCGAACCUGCGGACGAGGCCGGCCUCCGCCGCCUGAGACGCCGCCGGCGCCGCCGCUGCAUCUGCAUCUGCGCCCUGGUCACCCUCGGCGUGCUCCUGCUCCUGGGCGUCACCCUCCUCGUCCUCUUCCUCACCGUGUUCCGUGUGCGCGACCCCACCACGCGCCUGCUCUCCACCCGCUUCGUCGGCCUCGCGCCCAGCCUCACCCAGCCCAACUUCACGCUGCUGCUCACCGUGGCCGUGCACAACCCCAACCCGGCCUCCUUCUCCUACGCCUCCGGCACCACCGGCCUCUGGUACCGGGGCGCCCACGUCGGGGACGCCCAGGUCGACCCCGGGCGCAUCCCUAGCAAGGGGGACGGGGUCGUGCAGCUGGAGAUGACGGUGCUCACCGCCGGCUUCACCAAGGACAUGGCGCAGCUGAUAAGGGACAUCGAGGCCGGGUCGCUGCCGCUGGACGCCAGCGCCAGGAUCCCGGGGAGGGUGGCCGUCUUGGGCGUGCUCAAGCUCAACGUCGUGGCCUACUCUGACUGCCACAUCGUCGUCGGCUUCCCGGACAUGGAGAUCCGAGGACAGGACUGCCGCGACCACGCUAAGCUCUGAUCAGCUUGCUUGUUGUUCGUUUUAUGGCAUGCCGCAUGACAGGGAGAGCGUGCUCAAUGGUUCUCGAGUUUCUUAUAUGGUGCAUGGCCAUGAUGAUACUUGAUCCUCUCUAUACUCUAGCGUUGAUGAAUUGCUCUUAUGUCUUGGUCUCUUCGUGUAUAGAGGAAACAGGUUUUAUUUUAUUUUAUUUUCCAAGGAAAGAAACAGAUUUGU